CUCGUCCCGGAUUUACUAAAUCCGCCGAUUCACAGGAUCUAGCUUAAAUCCUGUUUAAAACCGGCUAUUCAACAGUGUCGAUGAAAUCGGGUAUAAGUAGUAGAGCCAGAGUUGUAGCUAAUCAAGCCCCUCUCAGGCGAUCUGCCCGAUUGCUUCCACCAGAAGGGUUGAAACCAGAAUUUUCUUCGCAGAAAUCAAUCAUCUGCCUGAAAGAAGUAGAAAUCCAUCCGGGAUCUCCCUCCGUUGCUUUCAAAUUGAAGGAGGAAGCUUCUUCCAGAAAGAUCAGGGCAGCGCUUUGCGGGAGAAGUCAGCUUAAGCGGUCAAGGUUGAAGGCCGGUGUAGUUCUUGAACACACACAGAGUGGCCCUAGGCGAUCUCCGAGGUUAGCUUCGCAAACUGAAAUGAAAGUUUCUGAAAUCCAGCAGGGGUUUCUAGAUGCGAAGCCAAGGCGACGGUCUAUGAGGCUGCUCGGUGUAGCUCCUGUCUCUGUGGAAAAUGUGAAGGAAAGGAUUGUAAACCCUAAAACUAUUGAUGAAGUAGAACAUAGGAAACCUCUUGAAGUGAAACCCAAAAAUAAACGCAAACCUGUGAGCUCUCAGAUCAGAAGGUCAUCCCCUAAGCUUUUGGCAGCAUCAAAUGGAGUGAUCAAGAGUGGAGUCGGCUUGGAGACGACAGUUAAAGGGGAGGAGGUUGUUGGAAGGGUUCAUGCUAAUAGGGGAGACUUGCUUUCAGAAAGCAUUGUAAAGGAUGGUAACAGGAGCAAAAUGGAGGAAGAUAAUGGAAUGGAGAAUAGGAUUGGAAAAGCAGAGAAUGAAAAAUGUUGUGGUAUGGUAGCAUGGACCAAUGAAGAAGAAGAAGCACUACAGAAAGCCUAUUUCAUGGCGAAACCAUCUCCCCAUUUUUGGAAGAAAGUUUCUAGAAUGGUGCCAGGAAAAUCUGCUCAGGAAUGCUUUGAUAAAAUCCAUUCCAGCAUAUUAACCCCACUUUCCCAUCAACCUCGGCCAAGGACGAGGAAGAAAAGCGUCUCUCCAAUACCUCACUUGAAUUUGUUACCACAAAUUUCAGACACAAAAUUUGGAAGGCUCAAGAGAUACAGAACGAAGAAGCUCGCCGCACAUAAGACUCUGAGGCAUCUGCUAAGGAAGCACAGCCUUGCCGAUCAAAUAAAAGCAGCAGACCAUUUCUCUCUUCUGGAAUCUCCCCCAAUCAACAUUUCAAUUUCUCCUUGUUCUUCUCAGCAGCUCGGUGAGAAAUCAUCAGCUAAUUCAAAGAUGCUGUCCAGGCUGAAACUAUUAAGUUUACCAGAGGGUCCGAGUCCCCAAGUUUUGAAGCCGGUAAAGAAUAGAGCUUUGCAUGAUAGAUAUAUUGACCAGCUGCAUCACAGAGAAGCCCGGAGGGCAAGGCUUGCUAAAAAAUCAAAUUUUGAUGAUUUGGGCAACAGCAGGUGUUUUGGCAAGCCUGCUCUGAAAGUGGCGAAGAUGGCUCUCAUGUCUGAUGCUAAAUCUUUCAUCAGCCACUUUCAGCAAACUCUAGCAAAUCCAGGGGAUGAAGUAGACACAUAUUGCAGUGAUGAUGGGGAUGAAGAUGUUGAUGGUAGUGAUAUUGAUGAAUGAAAUGAUUUUGGUGCGGGGAAAUGUUGGAUAAUAUGUGCCAUUUAUGUUUUUGUCCAAAAAUAAGUUUUUUAUUUUGCGCAGCUUUUAUUCCUUUUUAUAAUAGCCUCAGUUGAGAGGCUUGAGACCACUAUCCGAAGGAAAAAAUAUUACCUCAUCAGUACUCCAAUG